UCUUAGCAUGUGGCCCCUCAGGAUAAGAGCCGCCGCCUUUAAACGCGCCCUAAGCCGGAGAUCAGUCGCGAAGGCGGCUGGACUGCCGAACGAUAGCGGUUUGGACGGAGAGCACGGGAGACAGCAGAACAGGGCCUCCCCAGGUACGGAGCGUGCCAGUAUCAUGGAAAAGCUUUUCUUGCCUCUUCUGAUGCUUGGCACCAUGGCGAAAGCUCAGCACUGCCCCGGCCGCUGCAUCUGCCAGAACAUCUCCCCAACGUUGACCAUGCUAUGUGCCAAGACGGGCCUCCUGUUCGUGCCACCAACCAUUGACCGGCGCACGGUGGAGCUGCGCCUGACGGACAACUUCAUCACCGUCAUUCGCCGGAAGGACUUCUCCAACAUGACCAACUUGGUGCACCUCACCCUCUCCCGGAACACGAUCAGCCAGAUCCUGCCCUACGCCUUCGCUGACCUGCGUGCCUUACGGGCCUUGCACAUGAACAGUAAUCGUUUGGCUGUCCUGAAGAACGAGCACUUCCGGGGCCUGGGCAACCUCCGUCACCUCAUCCUGGGGAACAAUCAGAUCAGUCUCAUUGAGCCUUCGUGUUUUGAUGAGUUCCUCUCCACCGUGGAAGACCUGGACCUCUCCUAUAACAACUUGGAGGCCUUGCCGUGGGAGGCCAUUGGCCAGAUGGUGAGUCUCAACACGCUCACUCUAGACCACAACCUCAUUGACCAUAUUGCUGAGGGCACUUUCUCCCAGCUCCAGAAGCUGGUACGGUUAGACAUGACAUCUAACCGGCUACAGAAGCUGCCCCCAGACAACCUCUUCUUGAGGGCUCAAGUGCUGGCCAAUGUCCGUGGGACUCACCCUUCCACCUUGACCAUCAGCUUUGGGGGCAACCCACUGCACUGCAACUGUGAGCUUCUCUGGCUCCGGAGACUCACGCGGGAGGAUGAUCUGGAAACCUGUGCCUCCCCAGAACAUUUGAUGGAUAAGUAUUUUUGGUCGAUCCCCGAAGAGGAGUUUAUCUGUGAACCUCCACUCAUCACCCGCCAGUAUUCCAGCAAGGCGUUCAUCAUGGAAGGCCAAGGUGUGAGCCUCAAAUGCAAAGCAGUGGGUGACCCAGAACCUUCCAUCCAUUGGAUUGCACCUGAUGGCAAGUUAAUUCACAAUACCACCCGUGCAACCAUCUAUGACAAUGGCACAUUGGACAUCUUCAUUACUACCUUAAAGGACAAUGGUGUCUUCACCUGUAUCGCCUCCAAUGCUGCAGGAGAGGCCACCGCCCCUGUAGAAAUCUGUAUUGUACCUCUGCCCUUGUUAGUUAACAACACUGGCCACAUGAAAGAACCUGAUCCUGGCUCGUCCGACAUCACCACCUCUGCCAAAUCGGGCACCAACGAAACCAAGAAUCACCAAGACAGAAAGAUUAUAGCCGCUGACCUAACGUCCACUUCCGUGGUCAUCCAUUGGCCCUCGGAACGGCACAUCCCUGGCAUUCGUAUGUACCAGAUCCAGUAUAACAGUUCCUUGGAUGACUCUUUGGUCUACAGGAUGAUUCCCUCAUCCAGCAAGACCUUCUUGGUGAAUGACUUGGCAGCAGGCCGGGAGUACGACCUGUGCGUCUUGGCGGUGUAUGACGAUGGUGUGACAUCCCUCACAGCGACGCGGGUGGUGGGUUGCGUGCAAUUCACCACUGAGGGGGAGGGCGCGCAGUGCCACUCGCUCCACACCCAGUUCCUGGGGGGGACCAUGAUCAUCAUCAUCGGGGGCAUCAUCGUGGCCUCGGUGCUGGUCUUCAUCAUCAUCCUCAUGAUCCGAUACAAGGUCUACAGUGGCCAAGACGAGCAGAAGAAAGCCAGAGUCAGCAACGUCUACUCGCAGACCAACGGGAGCCAGCCGCCCACCGCAACCGCGUUACCCCACUCGGCCUCCAAAGUCGGGGAGGACAAAUACGAAACUCUCCACGAGAUUGCUUCCAAGGACCCCAGGUUCAGUGGGGAAGCCAAGUUCGAUGCCCCCCCUGGGCAGGACGUCCCCUUGACUGAGCCAGAUAAGAGGGCAGCUCAGAUGGCCGCUGACCUCCAAACAGUGGCUGUCUUGACUUCUGAAGAAGGACAGAUGGAGGUCAGGCGGGCCGGCUCGUCCGUCUCCCUGUGCCUCCUCAAAGACCAUGGGGGGGCCCUACAGCUCCGUGUCAAAUCGGGCAGCAGCGAGUCGGGGGCUUUCCCUCGUGAGCUGUCCAGGACUCACCACCACCGCCAUUCUUUCGAUGGGGAUUACUCGCUCUUCCAGAGUCACAGCUAUCCCCGCCGCGCACGGACAAAAAGACACAUGUCCAGCUCUCAGUUGAACUCGGAGGAGCGUCCCUUGAGUCACAGACGGGUUACUUUUAGCAGCACGGAGUGGAUGCUGGAAAGCACAGUCUGAGAUGGGGGGAGGAAUAGGGGCUGCCAGACGCACAACAAGUUUGGGGCAGAGCAACCAGGAAGGAGGGGGAGAAAGGAGAGGAAUGGCAGAACAGGCUGAAACGCUUACGGGGAUGGGUCUGGCGCAUCCCCCAGCCUCUUCCCCGAACAACCGCUGGUUUGCAGAAUUUCGGCAGCGGUGCCUUAGCCACUCCCAAGAGGAAGAGAAAGCAAGGAGGGUUUUUAGAGCGGGGAAGUGAGCAAGAAGGGGGGUGGGGUGGGGUUGCAAUGCCCAGUGGCCCUGGAAGGUGGGGGGGCUGGGGUGGGGAAGCCAAGGGGAGGCACAUAUGCACAGAAGACGUGAAGUUAAGCAAAGAUUUCUCUUUAUGCAUUAAUCACUGUUCCAAUAAAAAAGGAGGCGAGAAUAAACCUACAUCAAGAGAGAACCAAGCAAAAACCACAGGUGGCGUUAGGGUGGCGGGAUGUAAAGGAGGGGGUUCUACCCACUCACCCAAUGCCCUGCCCAGGAUCCGGCGAGACUCUUCGGUUACUAUAUUUAUUGUAUCUGGCUGGUCUAGAUAAAAAAAUAAUAUGUGUUUGACGUGUUCAUGAUCAGAAAAGUCAUUUGAACUCUUGGAUACCCCCCCCCCCGGUUUCCUCUUGUGGUACCCCUCCCCUUUUUCCUGAACUCUGUUCUCCCAGAACUUGGCAAGCGUCACGCCAGUUGCCCGCUCGAAACGCGGAUCAUGCUGGGCCCACCUGCCCUCCCCAUCAAGCCUUUGAAACGCACCUUCUCCCAGACCGUUCCCCAGCACAACAGGACCCCCUUCCCUUCUUCCGUCUCCCACUUCCACUUCCCUUUGACCCCUAAAGGACACCCACUUUUGCCCCAUCAGCCCUGCUUCCCAUACCGAAUCCUGAGGUUUUUAAAGGUCGUUCCCCCUGCCCCAGUGUUCAAGCCCCGAACGCCAGCUUUCCAUUCACAGUCUGACCAGUCUCCCCACCCACCCCCUUUCCCUCCCCUUGUCCAUCCCCAGUUCUUCCCAGCACCACCCAGUUCCCAGUUCCUCCAUCACAGGGUGCGGCUGCUUUUUGGAGGUGAUUAAAUCUU